GGCAGCUCUCCAAGGCGCAUGCGCAGAUCUCCGGCAGGCUCCACGAGUUUGUCUCCAGCGUUUCUCUCGGACUCGGUCUGUGAUGCCGACAACCGACCGAGCUCCAGCCCAGCGUCACGCAUUCAGCCAUGGUCGCCGCGGAUAAUCUGCGGACCUGAGCGGGAACGUCCCCGGUGCUCCGACGCGGAGCAGCAGCAGGAGGGGGGAGGGUGGGGGGGAUAUGUGACAUGUCGCUGCGGGGUUUGUCGGCACUUCCAGGCGGCGACUGACACACCGAGCCAGGCUAGCUCGGCUAACUAGCAGCUCGGCUAGCUAGCGUUAGCCGGCUGAGUGUUGUGAUUUUGGACGCAGCGUUGAUCACGUGUGUGUGUUUGUUUAUUAAUCUGCUGUUUCAUCAUCUGUGGUUCAGCUUCACAGCAGCCUGUUGUUGUUGUUGUUGUUGUUGUUGUUGUUGUUGUGAUCGGACAGGCCGGUGCAGCGCUGCAGCUUAAGCUAGCUGCUUGUAUGCGCCGCACGCUCCCUUGUUAGCUCGUUAUCCCCCCCUCGUCGGUUCUCGGUUUGACAGCGGUCACGUUCACCGGAGUCGGUGAAGCCGGUGCCGACAUGCGGCGCUGACACGUCCGUUGGCCGGGAGCAACACGCAGCACCGCAGCCGUCAUAGUGGUUUUUUACAGCGUCGUGGCUGACAUGGCAGCCAGCGGAUACUCCGACCUGAGGGAGAAGCUCAAAUCCAUGACUCCGCACAGGGACGAGUCCAAAAAUAAAUACGCGGACGGGACGAGCAACGGCAGCGGGAAAGGGCGGAAGCGCGAGUACCGGGAGUCCGACGGCGACGAGUGCGAGCACAGCGAGGACAGCGCGGAGCUCCGGGAGCAGGAGGCCCACCGGGUGAGGAGCAGCAUCCUGCAGGAGAGCGUCUUCACCCCGGAGGAGUGCGCCCUCAUCGAGGAGAAGAUCGACGAGGUGGUGGCCAAAGGGGAGGCCGGGCUCUACCGGGAGCACACCGUGGACAGGGCGCCCCUCCGCAACAAGUACUUCUUCGGGGAGGGCUACACGUACGGGGCCCAGCUGGAGAAGCGUGGACCGGGCCAGGAGAGGCUGUACCGCAAAGGAGAGGUGGACGACAUCCCCAGCUGGGUGCACGAGCUGGUGAUCAAGCGGCUGGUGUCCAACGGAGUGAUCCCGGAAGGGUUCGUCAACAGUGCCGUCAUCAACGAUUAUCAGCCCGGUGGGUGCAUCGUGUCCCACGUGGAUCCCCUGCACAUCUUCGCCCGGCCCAUCGUCUCGGUGUCCUUCUUCAGUGACAGCGCUCUGUGCUUCGGCUGCCGCUUCCAGUUCAAACCCAUCCGGGUGUCAGAGCCGGUGUUCGUCCUGCCGGUGAGGAGAGGCAGCGUCACGGUGCUCAGUGGCUACGCUGCGGACGACAUCACCCAUUGCAUCCGGCCCCAGGACAUCAAGGAGCGGCGGGCAGUCAUCAUCCUUAGAAAGACCAGACCUGAUGCUCCUCGACUGGACUCUGAAAGCCCUUUAAGUUCGUCCCCUGCAGAGAGACCCGCUCCUCUGAAGGCCAAACGCUCUCAUCGCAGAGCAGACCCUGAUGCUGCACACAGGCCGAGGGUCCUGGAGAUGGAUAAAGAGGAGAACAGACACCCGUCACUCUCCCGACAGCGGCGUCGCAGCGGCAGCUCAGAGAACUACUGGAGGCGUGGUCAGGACUACGACAAACACCGGGAGAGUUCAGGACGCAAAGUCAAAAUGAGACGUCACUGAGCUCUCAUCACUCACACACGUACACAAUUAAAAUAUUAUCGUUUCUUCUGUGUAUUUUAGUCCCGUAACUUGAUUUGAUCGGACAUCGUUUUUUCCUCUCGCUCCAGUUUUAGUCUGGCACAAGGAGCACAGUCAUCACACCGUCUGCAUUUUGGUUUUGAUUCUGGAUCAGUUUGAGUGUAUAUUUGUUUCCUGGCAGACGAAGCUGGCGUCUCUGCCGCACAUUAGAGAACCUCAUGUUACUUACUACAGCUCGACUCUGUUGUCAAACUGUUCGAUUACCUUUAAAUCAAACAUUUAUUUUGUUUCUAUGUGCAUAGAUACGAAAUGGCAUGUAUUUUUUGUAACCAAGAUGUACAGACCUUAAGAGUUAAAAGGAAGAUGCACCUAUGGACUUGUACAAAAGAAAACCUGAGCUGUAAUCUAACUUGUUAUAAUGUACAAUACAUUUGUAUAGUCUUUGAACGGGGGAACUUUUAUGCAGAAUGAAACUUCUUCUUUUUUUUUUUUAUGUUGCACCUACAUCUCUCAUCCAUACUUUUACUCUGCCAUCCCACAUCUCUCCUCUCUGUUAACUUUAGCCUCUGUCGCAGUUUAAGUUGCAGUAACUGUCAGGUUUCCUACCAUGCUCUGUGUUUUUAUUUGAUUCAGCUGUGGCUCCUCUUCCUGAUGGUCACAACACGGGAUGUCAACUUAACUGAUGCUUAAUGGAGUGAGGAAAUAUACUCAGGCCUUGUUUUACACUCUAGAUUCAGUCUGAGGUUGCAAUUCCUUAUAUAGUGACAGAUGCCAUGUUAUUGCUGUUCUCUAUUAAAUCUAACUUUUCCUCAUUCUAGUUGGGUGAUUAUCUGAGCAAAGCCAAC